CCCCCCCAGGGCAUUGUGAAACAAGAUUCUCUGGUGAUCAAACCUGAACAGGAGCAACCCCAAGCUGAAGGACCUCUACAUCCGGCCCAACAUCGCCCAGAAACGCAUGCAGGGCUCGCUGGAGGCCCACGUCAACGGGUUCCGCUUCACCUCGGUGCGGGGGGACAAGGUGGACAUCCUGUACAACAACAUCAAGCAUUCCAUCUUCCAGCCCUGUGACGGGGAGAUGAUCAUCGUGCUGCACUUCCACCUCAAGAACGCCAUCAUGUUCGGCAAGCGACGCCACACGGACGUCCAGUUCUACACGGAGGUCGGGGAGAUCACCACCGACCUGGGAAAAAACACCAACACAUGCACGAUCGCGAUGACCUGUACGCAGAGCAGCUGGAGCGGGAGAUGAGGCACAAGCUGAAGACGGCGUUUAAAAACUUCAUCGAGAAGGUGGAGGCUCUGACCAAGGAGGAGCUGGAGUUCGAGGUGCCCUUCCGGGACCUGGGGUAUGUACCCCCUUAACCUCC